AUGCAUCUUGACCACAAAAUCCCAUGGAAUACAGCAUCUGCCCAUUUCGACCUAAUACGAUGCAACCGAAGAUUCACUCCGCAUCGCACAAAUCUCUUUUCACGCAACAAACCGUCCGUGUCAACAGAUCUAAGCCAUUUCUGUCGUGUGUUUAUUGCAACUGUCCGGGAAUUCUCACAAACCAAACCAUCAUCACCAAUAUCCCCAGAAAGACUCAUCUCUGACUCUCUGCUGUCUUAUCCUGAACGAAAAUAUGGUCUCAGACCACAUGAAACAAACUCCGCACUACACAACCCUCUCUCUACGAAACAUCAGAACAUUCAAUACUGGAUUAACCGUGCCGGUACUCCAGACGAACCGACCUAUAGCAGUAGAGAUGGGGAUCUUUCUGAUGCGGUGAAGAUGCUGGUCAUCAUCGCCGCGAGUGCAAACGGUGUAGAUACAGAGGCGAAAGAAAGAUCAAGAGAGGCGAUUUCCGCUUUACUCACUCUAUCUCGCCAUUCUCAUAUACCUAUUCAUACUUUGAAUAAUAUUCAUUGGGGCCAUGGGUUUGGGGUGGCAUUGGUUGCGGAUUUCGCAUUGGAGGCGUAUCUUUUGAUUAAUCUGGUUGAUGGAGUUCUUUCUCGCAACCGAUUAACUUCUGAUAAUUCUAUGGAGAAGGAGGUAUCACUUCUGGAAAUGGAAUCCUUCCGACAUUUCAUCUCAAAAGCUCUCCCUGACUAUGAUUAUCCAGUGCAAAACAUUCCUCAUCGAGCUUUUUGGAAUGAAUUGGGUGUCACGGAUACUUGGGCCUACGAACCGAAGUAUAGCCAAUGUGUUCAAGACGAAAAGAAUGAUAUGGAUGCAAUUGAUCCGUUGAGAGAUGGGAAUGAGGAAGUCAGACAGGGUUUACGGCAGUAUCUCAAGUCUUGUUUUGCGAUAUUGUAUGUUUAUGAUAUGCUAUUGAGGGAAUGGCAUGGAGGGGAUGAAGCUAAUUCGACGUGGAGAUAUUGGAUUGAUCGUUACUUUGCAUCCUGUGGUUGCAAACUUGAAUAA